AUGAAUAUCGUACCCAAGAAAGAUGAAAUCCACAUCAGGGAGGUGUGGAGUGACAAUCUUGACCGCGAGUUUGGUUUGAUUCGUGAAAUCGUGGACAAGUAUCCUUACAUUGGUAUGGACACCGAGUUCCCGGGCGUCGUCAUUAAGCCCCUCGACCCAUCCAAGAACCGUUCGGUGGCCAACUAUCAAAGUCUAAAAGCUAAUGUGGAAAUUCUGAACCUAAUUCAGCUGGGGCUCACUUUCUCAGACGAGAAUGGAACCCUCCCGACCUGUGGGACUGGAAAAUACUGCGUCUGGCAGUUCAAUUUCCGUGAGUUCAACCUUACGAAGGACGCCUAUGCCUCCGACUCAAUUGACCUCCUGAUCAACAGCGGCAUUGACUUCGAGAAGAAUAACCAAAAGGGUGUUGAUAUCGAAAGAUUCAGCGAGCUUCUUAUGUCGUCCGGAGUCGUGAUGAACGAUAACAUUCGGUGGCUAUCUUAUCACAGUGGAUAUGAUUUUGGGUACCUUUUGAAGCUGUUGACUUGCAAGGACCUUCCGGAUACGAUCGAAGGGUUCUUUGAUAUGCUCGGUUUGUACUGUCCGGUUAUAUACGAUAUCAAGCACCUGGUGAGGGAGAAAUAUCAUGGUGGGCUGAGUUCACUUGCUGAGGUUCUGGAUGUGGAGCGUGUGGGCAGCUGCCAUCAGGCGGGAUCUGAUAGCCUGCUUACGUGUUUUGUUUUCUUCAAGCUGACAAAGAUUCACUAUGGUGGAUCCAUGGAGAAGUAUGCUGCUGGUGAGUUGUAUGGUCUUGUUGCUGAACCUUCACUUGCUACUCGCUGA